CAAAGACAAGAAAUUCACACACACUAUACUAUCCUUCUAAGUUGUAUCUGCAUUUGCUUUGUUUUCAGCAUAUUAUUCAUCUUCUUCCUCUUGUCUUCUUCUUCUUCUUAUCCCCUUUUUCCUUCACCAUUUAUUUAUUCCCUUCAUUUUCUUUCAACCUUUAUCAUUUUUCCCUCUGUAAAAAGAUUAAAUUUUUGAGUAUUUUUUUUGCACUCAGAAGAUUAAAAAGCAGGAACUUUUCUCAUGCUCAAAGCUGAUUAGAUUCGCUUAAGAGGAGGAAUAUGUCUCUUUCACUAGGAGGUGUUCAUAGUUGAUUUGAUUUUCUGGGUUUGACCUUGAAAUAUAUGGGUGUUUUCAAGUGGGUUUCUUGGGUUUUUUAGGUGGGAUGAUUUAGUGGAAGAAGACCUGUUCAGCCUUUAGAAUUUGCCUCUCAACUUGGAUUGGUGUAUUAAAAUGUUGCUUUGUCCUUAUCUGGGAAACAUGAAGUCUUCCCAUGGUGUGAACAUGGAAAAUUGGAGAUGGUGAUUAUUGCGGCGGAUUAUUGAAGAAUUUUGAUUUGGGAUUGGUUGGUGGAGAGGAUGGGGAAUAAUGAUAGAGAAGAUUGGAAGCAGAUGGUUAAGAAGAUGCUUCCACCGGGUGCAUCGUUCCCUCAGGGAGUUGAUAAUCCAGAUUAUUCCAUAGCUAUAGAAUAUAAAGGUCCAGCAAUCUCUCAAGAAGUACCUAGAGUUGAACCUCUUGAUGUAAAUCCACGAUCGAUCCCGACUGCUUCAGUUGCAGAACCACUUUCGGAGUCACAAAGACAAUUCUUUGAUUCUGAUCCCCCUGUCAUUGAGCCAAUCCCUUUACCCUUCUCUCGUAUUGCCAGGGCUGUGGAUUCAUUCACGCAAAGUCGAUCGGAAAGCUCAGAGUCUGUUGUGUCUGUCCUACAGAAUCAUGAUUCUUCUUCAGCUUCUCCGUCUCGUUCUCCUGGUUCUGCUCAUAAUUCUGAAAGUAAUUCUGUAAACCAGACAGUCAAUGAAGGGAGAAGGGUCCCUGUGGUCACUUUUAAUACUGUUGAUAGAUCUGAAAGGAAAGACACUGAUGUUGAAGAUGCAGUCUAUCCUGAAUAUGUUGGAGUUUCAAAAGAAAAGAAAAAAAAGAAUAAUAUAAGGGUUUGUUUUCGAUGUGGAAAGGGAAAGUGGGAAACGAAGGAGGCCUGCUUGGUUUGUGAUGCCAAGUUCUGCAGUAACUGUGUGCUUCGGGCUAUGGGCUCGAUGCCCGAAGGGCGUAAAUGUGUCACUUGCAUUGGUAAGCCAAUUGAUGAAUGGAAGCGGCCAAAACUUGGAAAGAAUUCUAGGGUACUGUCUCGGUUAUUGAGUCCUUUGGAAGUUAAGCAAAUAAUGAUAGCUGAGAGGGAAUGUUCCGCUAAUCAACUUCGACCAGAGCAACUGAUUGUCAAUGGUUAUUCUUUGAAGCCAGAUGAAAUGGCUGACUUACUUGGCUGUCCUUUGCCACCUCAGAAGUUGAAGCCUGGAAGAUAUUGGUAUGACAAAGAGUCUGGCCUCUGGGGAAAGGAGGGAGAGAAACCUGACAGAAUCAUAAGUUCAAAUUUGAAUUUUAGCGGAAAACUGAGCCCUGAUGCAAGCAGAGGAAACACCGGAGUUUACAUGAAUGGUCGUGAGAUUACAAAGCUCGAGCUAAGAGUGCUAAAGCUGGCGAACGUUCAGUGUCCCCGUGAAACUCAUUUUUGGGUCUAUGAUGAUGGCCGGUACGAGGAGGAAGGUCAAAACAAUAUCAGAGGGAAUAUUUGGGAGAAGGCAUCAACUCGCCUUGUAUGUGCACUGUUCUCUUUGCCCUUUCCCCAAGGUCAAUCUCAUGGAGUUAGGGAUGAGGCAAGCAAUUAUGCUGCUAUUGUGCCAAAUUAUUUUGAACAAAAAAGAACUCAAAAACUUCUUCUUCUUGGACUUGAGGGUUCUGGAACUAGCACAAUCUUCAAGCAGGCCAAGUUUAUGUAUGGGAACACGUUUACUGCAGACGAACUGCAAGAGAUCAAAUUAAUGAUCCAGAGCAAUAUGUACAAAUAUCUAAGUGUGUUGCUUGAUGCAAGGGAGCGGUUCGAAGAAGAAGAAAUGGCAAAUAUGCAGAUACAAGGAGUAAAUUAUGAAAAUGGUGAGACAGGUGGCGGUUCAGAAGUCGAGUCUAAUGGGACGGGUCAAAGCAUCUAUUCGAUCAACCCGAGGUUAAAGCAUUUUUCUGACUGGCUAUUGGACAUCAUUGCAACUGGUGAUCUGGACGCAUUUUUUCCUGCUGCAACGCGGGAGUAUGCCCCUUUAGUUGAAGAGGUUUGGAGGGAUCCUGCUAUACAAGAGACAUAUAGAAGAAAAGAUGGGCUCCACUUCCUUCCUGAUGUUGCUGAAUACUUCCUAAGCCGGGCUGUUGAGGUGUCAAGCAAUGAAUAUGAACCUUCAGAGAGAGAUAUUUUGUAUGCAGAAGGCGUUACUCAAGGGAAUGGUUUGGCUUUUCUAGAAUUCUCCCUUGACGAUCGUAGCCCAAUGUCUGAGUCCUAUACGGAUAAUUUGGAUGCAACCCCGCCUUUGACCAAGUACCAAUUGAUCAGGUUGAAUGCUAAAGGGAUGAGCGAGGGCUGCAAAUGGGUGGAGAUGUUUGAAGAUGUACGUGCAGUGGUGUUCUGCGUGGCUCUAAGUGACUAUGACCAGAUAUGGAUUGCUCCUGAUGCUACUGGCAGUGGAAAUCUCCUCCAAAACAAAAUAAUAGAGAGCAAAGAACUCUUUGAGAAGAUGAUUAUACACCCAUGCUUCAGGGAUACCCCUUUUAUACUUAUACUCAACAAAUACGACCUUUUUGAGGAAAAAAUUGGGAGGGUGCCGUUAACUACAUGUGAGUGGUUCAAUGACUUCUGCCCUGUUCGAACCAGCCAUACUAACCAGUCAUUAGCCAACCAGGCUUACUUUUAUGUGGCAAUGAAAUUUAAGGACCUUUAUGCAUCAGUGACUGGUAGGAAGCUUUUUGUAUGGCAAUCGAAGGCACGGGAUCGUGAUAAUGUUGACGAUGCAUUUAAAUAUGUAAGGGAGAUUCUGAGGUGGGAUGAAGAGAAGGACGAGAACUUCUAUGUCGGGGCUGAAGAUUCAUUUUACAGCACCGAUAUGAGUUCUUCCCCUUAUGUCGUUACACAAGAAUAAAUCUAUGUAACAUUGUGUAAAUGUAAUUUAUGUUUGUGAGUAUAUAAGUAUCCCAGAAAGCUUGAAAAGCAGGGGCUGAUUUGGUUAUGCUUA